AUGACGUUUGAACACAGAAAAUCGGCUGAUCCGGAUGAAAGUACCCUCCAGGUGCCUAGUUCCCUGCCGAUCAACGUAAAGCUGUCGCCGGAGAAAUCAGACAUGCCCUCGAUGCCCUCACAUGCGUAUACCGUUACGUUUGGUACACCAAAAAAUCAAGAUCCGCAAACGAUGGAGAUGAAAAAACGGUUUUACUCGCAUAAAUACUGGCCAAUCUUGUCCAAGAGAUUCUACUACUUGCCAGAAAUAGAGAUUUUCAAGGGAAUGGUGCGUGGCAAGGGGAACCUACGAGAUAUCUCACUGUGGUUGGCCACCAACAUUGAUUUGGAAGGUAGGCUUGCAGAAUACGAUAGGAAGUUGGAGCAGCAGCGGGAGGAUGCUGAAAAAGCGAAAUCCAGGAAAGCAGUUGGGGCUUCAUCGCACCAUACUAAUGACACACACCAUUUGCAACUCAACGGAGACUCUACGACCACCUCGACAAGUAACGACCAUGGCACCGAUGAGGACGCGUCGCCCAUAAAGAGAGGUGGUGCAAGACAGAAAAGACCCAAACUCGCUGACACGAAGCCCGAUAUCUCCAGUACAAAGGUGGAACUUCACAAGCCUAAAGUCUCCAUUCUAGAGAAGUAUAGACACAACCUGGGCCAGGCUCCUGGCCAGGCUCCAGGCCAACAACGCAUAGACUAUGUCUUUCAAAGAUCGUUUGGCUCUGCUCCUCAGAAGAAGCGCCGGUUGGUGCGUGCAGAUAACGCUGAAUUGGCCAAUGCUUCUAGAGAUCUGACCCCAACUCCCGCUAUACCUCCUGGUGCACUUAGUGCAGCAUUCAGCCACAAUGAUGGCCUGGUACCUCGCCUCAAUGAGCUGUUCAACGGAAGCAAUGUUUUUGAAAAUGGCGACAAUCUAGAACAGUUGGAGGAAAGAAUCAGGGCAAACAGGAGAAAAAACAAGAAUAAAAAGCAAAUGGUCGACGACAACAGUGACGCCGACCUAGAAGAAGAGGACUAUAGCGACGACAUGUCGCAGGAAGACGAUGAUGGAGCGUUCCAAUCUGGUUUCACUUCUAUCGAUGGCCAGAUUUUGGAGUUUCUUAAUAAUGCUCCUCAGGAAGACAUCGUUGAAAUUUGCAAUAUCCAACCGAAGGUGGCCGAGUUGUUGAUCUCGAAAAGACCAUUUCAUUCCGUUUAUCUGAUUUCGGAAGACAGAUUUGAGGAGGCUACGCCAGAACCAGAACCUCAGGUGAAAAGACGUGGGGGUCAAAGAAAACCAUUGGGUCUUAAGAUUGUGGAGAGCACAGAAUUCAGUCUAAGAGGUUAUAAAGCAGUUGACUCGUUGAUCAAGAAGUGUUCUGAAUACGGUGACCUUAUUUCUCGUCAAAUGGAUAGAUGGGGUGUCAAAGUUACUGGCGAAGGUGAGCUCAGCAUGGUCGAGAUUGUCGGGUCAGAUGAGGCAUCUAAGGAUGAAGAGGAUGACGAUGUUGUUGCUAGAAGCCGUGGUUUGACAUACAUCAAGCACAAGCCUACUCUUCUAGCCCCUGAUGUUGAACUCAAAACGUAUCAGCAGGUUGGUAUCAAUUGGCUCAAUUUGCUCUAUCAGAACAAGCUUUCUUGCAUCCUAGCGGAUGAGAUGGGCUUAGGCAAAACAUGCCAAGUCAUCUCUUUCAUGGCCUACCUCAAGGCAAUCUCCGAUAAGAAGAGCGCUCAUCUUGUGGUUGUUCCUUCAUCGACAUUAGAGAAUUGGCUCCGUGAAUUCCAAAAAUUCUGUCCGUCGUUGGUCGUACAAGCAUAUUAUGGCUCUCAGGCUGAGCGUGAAGACCUACGCUACGAGCUUGCUGAGUCUGAGUAUGAUGUUUUGGUGACGACGUAUAACCUAGCUACAGGUUCGCCACCAGACUUCAAAUUUUUAAAAAAUCAUAGAUUCGACAUGAUUGUUUACGAUGAAGGUCAUAUGUUGAAAAACUCGAACAGUGAAAGAUACAACAAGCUCAUGAGACUUAAAGCAGAAUUCAGAUUAUUGCUUACGGGCACUCCUUUGCAAAACAACCUAAAAGAGUUGGUUUCACUUCUAGCUUUCAUGCUUCCGACGUUGUUUGUGGAGAAAAGAGACGACUUGCAAGGUCUUUUCAACAAAAAAGCCAGUGUCGACACGACAGCUGAUGACUACAACCCACUCAUGUCUCAGCAAGCUAUUAAUAAGGCAAAGACAAUGAUGACCCCUUUCGUAUUGAGAAGAAAGAAGGCACAGGUUCUUAAGUAUUUGCCUGGAAAGAAUCACGAGGUCGUAAAAUGCCCAAUGACUCCGAAGCAGAGGGAGAUUUACGACAGUUACAUUCGUCAAGGUAAGGAGGCGAGAGCUGAACGUGAGAGAAGGAAGAAAGAAGGAAAGGAAGCCGAGAGAAUGAGCCCUACGGCGUCAACUUCGAAUGUGAUGAUGUCCCUCAGAAAAGCAUCCAUGCAUCCACUCCUUUUCAGGACUCAAUAUACGGAUGAGAUGUUGCCUGAGAUGGCAGAGAAGAUUAUGAAAGAGCCCGAGUAUAUUGCAGCUAACAAAAACUAUAUCAUUGAGGAUAUGCUGGUCAUGAGUGACUACGAGCUCAAUGCUCUCUGCGAAAAAUUCUCGAAUACAUUGGGAUCGUAUGUUUUGAAGGAGACAAUGUGGUUUGACAGCGGAAAGGUCACUGCCCUUUUGAAGGUGCUCAAGCAGGUUAUUGAGAAGAAAGAGAAGGUGCUUGUCUUUUCUCUUUUCACUCAGAUGCUUGAUAUUCUUGAAAGAGUCCUAAGUUUCUCAAAUAUCACAUUCGUCAGACUCGACGGUCAAACCAGCGUCGAAACCAGACAAGAUAUUAUUGAUCGAUUCUACGAGGAUGAUACCAUCCCAGUCUUCUUACUUUCAACAAAAGCAGGAGGUUUCGGUAUCAACUUGGUGGCUGCAAAUAAUGUGGUCAUCUUUGAUCAGUCCUUCAACCCACAUGAUGAUAAGCAAGCAGAAGAUAGAGCACAUCGUGUUGGUCAAACCAACGAAGUGCUCGUGACCAAGCUUGUCUCGGAGCAGACUAUCGAUGAAAAUAUCAUGUUACUUGCUGAAAACAAGCUUCAACUUGAUCAGUCGAUUAGCAGCGAAGCCAACGAGAAAAAAGUUGAGGAAAAGGCCGUCUCCAUGUUUGAAAACAUUUUGUUUGGCCAGUAA